CAUACACUAGCGCAGUGCUACCUCUCUCUGCUCUCAGCUGAUGCACUCACAGCACAGACAGCAGACCAACCCUGCCUGUAGUUUCUUUCUCUGCUCUGUUUUUCCUUCUCUCUCCAUUCAUCCUCCUCUCCUCCAGGGCCCGGCGUCUACUCUGAAGUCUGCAGUCGGAGGCUGAGGCUGUUUCCUGUCAGUGCAGAGCGCCGUCUGUGAGCCCAGACAGCGAGCCAGGAUAUACAUCUCUCUCUCCCACCUCUCUCCUGACCAGACAGGGAGGAAAUCAGCAGGACCAACGAGGAGUAGGGAAGUUGUCCCUGGGCUGUGGCUGUGUGGACUAGAGGGGGUCGAGGCCUAUAGAAGAGAGGCGACCUAGAGGAUUAUCGAGAGAGAGACUCUCUAGAAGCAUCACUGAACCCCCCCCUCCACACCGGCAAUACCUCCCCCCCACACCGACGACGUCACCUUCUCCUCCUCAUUGUUAUAAGAGCAGACAGGCCAGCGUGGAGCCUGGCAAAGACCGGAGAAUCAGCAUGUCGUCUCAGACUACUAGGAGGAAUGUAUACACCCGGACCACCAGUAGUGGCAGCAGCAGGAUGAGUUCAGACGGGGGUGGCCGGCCGGCCAAGGUGGGUUCCCGGGUGGAGGUGAUUGGAAAGGGGCACCGCGGAACUGUGGCAUAUAUCGGUGCAACGCUCUUCUCCACAGGGAAGUGGGUGGGAGUGAUCCUCGACGAGUCGAAGGGGAAGAACGAUGGCACAGUCCAGGGGAAGAGAUACUUCACCUGCCAUGAGAACCAUGGCAUCUUCGUACGGCAGUCACAGAUCCAACUGGUUGAUGAUGGAGCAGACACCACCUCUCCUGACACCCCAGAACCGGCCUCCAACAAGGUCCCCAAACACGAGAUCCUGGAGACACUCAAGUCUGCUAAACUGCAGCGAGGACCCAAGCCCAAAAAGGUGGUGCACGCUUCUCGAACCUCCUCGACUCCUGCCCCCAGGAAGACUACGGCCAGAAGGCCCAAGCCCAGCCGUCCUGCGGGAACCGGAGCCUCCAAGGCGGGGCCCUCUGGGUCUGUGUCUGCCUCGGCUGGAGAGAUGAGCAGCAGCGAGCCUUCCACCCCGGCACAGACCCCCCUGGGGGCCCCCAUCAUCCCCUCACCCGGGGGGCUCCUCUCCCCUUCAGCCCCCCCACCUCCACUCCCCAGCAAGGAGGAGGAGUCUCUGCGAGGUCAGGUGAAAGAUCUGGAGGAAAAGUUAGAGACUCUGAGGAUGAAGAGGACAGAGGACAAGGUCAAGCUGAAGGAGCUGGAGAAACAUAAGAUCCAGCUGGAGCAGCUCCAGGAAUGGAAGACCAAGAUGCAGGAGCAGCAGAACGACCUGCAGAAACAACUCAAAGAGGCCAAGAAGGAGGCGAAGGAGGCCCAGGAGGCGAAGGAGCACUACAUGGAGGAGAUGGCGGACACGGCCGACGCUAUAGAGAUGGCCACGCUGGACAAGGAGAUGGCUGAGGAGCGGGCUGAGUCCCUGCAGCAGGAGGUGGAGUCUCUGAAGGAGAAACUGGAAGAGCUCGUCAUGGACCUGGAGAUCCUCAAACACGAGAUAGAGGAGAAAGGUUCAGACGGUGCUGCUUCCAGUUACCAUGUGAAACAGCUGGAGGAGCAGACACACACACAUUUGCAGGCCUGUGUCAGGAUGCGUGACCUGUCUGUGUCGGAGAAGCAGGAACAUGUGACUCAGAAGCAGACAGAGAGGAAGAGCACAGAGCUGGACACCCUGAGGACUCAGAGAGAGAAACUCCAGGAGGAGAUGAAACUGGCCGAGAGGACCAUCGAUGAACUCAAAGAACAGGUGGAUGGGGCACUAGGAGCUGAGGAGAUGGUGGAGACUCUGACAGAGAGGAAUCUAGACUUGGAGGAGAAAGUCAGAGAGCUGAGAGAGACCGUCGUUGAUCUGGAAGCCAUCAACGAAAUGAAUGAUGAACUCCAGGAGAACGCCAGAGAGACGGAGCUGGAGCUCAGAGAGAUGCUGGAUCUGGGCGGAGGCAGGGUCAGGGAGGCGGAGAAACGGGUGGAAGCUGCUCAGGAGACCGUAGCUGACUAUCAACAGACCAUCAAGAAGUACCGUGAGCUGACCGCUCACCUGCAGGAGGUGAACAGAGAGCUGACCAGCCAGCAGGAAGCCACAGCUGAGCAGCAGCAGCAGCCUCCACCUGAGAUGUUUGACUUCAAGAUCAAGUUUGCUGAGACUAAGGCCUAUGCCAAGGCCAUAGAGAUGGAGCUGAGGAAGAUGGAAGUGGGCCAGGCCAACAGACAGGUGUCUCUCCUCACAUCCUUCAUGCCCGACUCCUUCCUGCGUCAUGGAGGAGACCACGACUGUAUCCUGGUGCUUCUGCUCAUACCAAGACUAAUCUUCAAGGCGGAGCUGAUCAGUAAGCAGGCCCAGGAGAAGUUUGAUCUGAAUGACAACUGUGUGGAGAGGAGCGGGAUGAGAGGAACGGCUGGGGAACAGCUGAGCUUUGCUGCAGGACUGAUCUACUCUCUCAGUCUGCUACAGGCUACACUACAUAAAUACGAACAAGCGCUGAACCAAUGCAGCGUGGAGGUAUAUCAGAAGAUCGGGACGCUCUACCCGGAGAUGGGCGUUCACGAACGUUCCCUGGACUUCCUGAUCGACCUGCUGCACAAAGACCAGCUGGAUGAGACGGUGCAUGUGGCGCCACUCACCAAGGCCAUCAAAUACUACCAGCACCUGUACAGUAUCCACCUGGCAGAGCAGACAGAAGACUGCACCAUGCAUCUGGCUGAUCACAUCAGGUUUACCCAGAGUGCGUUGGACUGUAUGUGUGUGGAGGUUGGUCGUCUGCGUGCGUUCCUACACACAGGGCAGGAGAAGACGGACCUGGCCGUGCUGCUGAAGGAUCUAGAGACUUCCUGUUCUGACAUCAGACAGUUCUGUAAGAAGAUCCGCCGACGCAUGCCUGGUACGGACGUACCUGGGAUACCUGCUGCACUCACCUUCUUACAGCAGGUGGCAGAUAUUCUGCUGGACUGCAGGAAACACCUGACCUGGGUGGUGGCUGUGCUGCAGGAGGUGGCGGCUGCAGGGGCGCAGAUGGUCGCCCAUCUAGGGGAGCAGGAGGGACUCUCCGCACUCAAACUAGAGGACGUGGCCUUUAAGGCUGGAGAGCAGAUCUAUGGAACUCAAGGUUCUAACCCCUAUGGGUGCCUGCGCCAGUCCUGCUGCAUCGUCAUAGCAACCAUGAACAAGAUGGCCACCGCCAUGCAGGAGGGAGAGAUAGACCCCAGUGCCCCUUCCCAGACACUUCCUCCGGUGGAGCUGCGUGCCACAGCCCUCAGAGCGGAGAUCACAGACGCAGAAGGACUGGGCAUGAAGCUGGAGGACAGAGACACAGUCAUCAAGGAGCUCAAGAAGUCACUCAAGUUCAAGGGAGAGGAGCUGAGUGAGGCUAGCGUCCGGCUCAGUCUGUUGGAGAAGAAACUCGACAGUUCAUCUAGAGACGCAGACGAGCGCGUAGAGAAGAUCCAGACUCAACUCGACGAGACUCAGACUCUGCUCAAGAAGAAAGAGAAGGAGUUUGAGGAGACCAUGGAUGCGCUGCAGGCUGAUAUCGACCAAUUGGAGUCGGAGAAGGCGGAUCUGAAGCAGCGUCUGAACAGCCAAUCAAAGAUGACCAUGGACGGGCUGAGAGGAGCGCCAGCGUCGGGAAUCGCCUCCAUUGUCACGGGGAUGACAGGAGCGACUAUGGCCAGUAUGGGUCCCGGUAUGGGUCCCGGUAUGGGUCCGGGUAUGGGUCCUGGGUCGGGGGUCCCGGUGAUAGACUCUCCUCUCCUGACGCAGCAGAUUGAGGCUCAGAGACACAGCAUCAAACACCUGAAGAAUGAGAACAACAGACUCAAGGCUGAGAAGAUGCGAGCCCAGCUGUCCUCCCUACCACCUCUCCAUGUCUCCAAGCUCCCCACUAGAGACGGCUCUCACCCAGAGGUGCUCUCUAGCGCCCUCUAUCGUAAGACUGACCAAUUACUGGACACGUUACUGCAGAUGAGUGCCAACGUCAAAGUGGUGGACAUCACUGGCAAAUCCCCAGUAACUCCUAGUGCCCAGCUGCUGGAACACACAGCCAGACUCCAGUCCCUUAGCAACACUCUGGACAGACUGAAGGAUGAGGUAUCAGAACAUGUGGUGACCCAGAGACCUGGAGCUCGAGCCUUGUCUGACUUUGCCACGUUCCCCUGCUCCUCCUUCGUCAAGGUCCAGGAGGAGAAGAGGGGGGACAUGGUGCUGGUGGGGAAGGUGAUGAUGCCGUGUUCCCGUGGUCAGGAGCAGGUCCACCGUCUCGUCCUAUCACAGUCUCAGCUCCAAAGAGUGCACCGCCUCCUGCUGACAUAGGCUCCACCCACAACCCACCCUGCUGACAUAGGCUCCACCCACAACCCGCCCUGCUGACAUAGGCUCCACCUUCAACCUGCCCUGUUGCUCCUUCCCAUCUGUCUGUCUGAGUUUUUUUUAGGCCAAAGCAUUGGGUUUGUGUUCGUACGCAGACGGUGCUUGACUUGGGCCGUGAGCUCACUGAACUGAGCGCCAGAACCUUAAUUAUCUCUAUUGCCUGAGUUCCAUUCUGCCGUUAUUGCAAAGUUCUGGCACCUGGAUAUAAACGGUAGCAGCACCUAAAAUAAGUACCAGCGUCAAGUCAAGCCCCGUUCAUAUGUACAGUUAGAGUAUUAAUACGCUCACUUCCUCUAGAUCGCUCGUUCACUUCCUCUGUAGAUCAUACUCACUUCCUCUGUAGAUCAUACUCACUUCCUCUGUAGAUCAUACUCACUUCCUCUGUAGAUCAUACUCACUUCCUCUGUAGAUCAUACUCACUUCCUCUGUAGAUCGUACGCUCACUUCCUCUGUAGAUCAUACUCACUUCCUCUGUAGAUCAUACGCUCACUUCCUCUGUAGAUCAUACUCAUUUCCUCUGUAGAUCAUACUCACUUCCUCUGUAGAUCAUACUCACUUCCUCUGUAGAUCAUACUCACUUCCUCUGUAGAUCAUACUCACUUCCUCUGUAGAUCAUACUCACUUCCUCUGUAGGUCAUACUCACUUCCUCUGUAGAUAAUUUGGUAGAGCAUAGGGCCUGUAACGGCAGGAUAGUGGGUUUGAUUCCUAGGACCACCUAGACACAAAAAUGUAUUCACGCAUGACUGUCAGACACUUAGGAUUAAAGCGUCUGCCAAAUUAUAUUACGUAAACACACACUACUACACUGUCUGCUGAGGGUGAUGCUGCCUGCUACACUACUACACUGUCUGCUGAGGGUGAUGCUGCCUGCUACACUACUACACUGUCUGCUGAGGGUGAUGCUGCCUGCUACACUACUACACUGUCUGCUGAGGGUGAUGCUGCCUGCUACACUACUACACUGUCUGCUGAGGGUGAUGCUGCCUGCUACACUACUACACUGUCUGCUGAGGGUGAUGCUGCCUGCUACACUACUACACUGUCUGCUGAGGGUGAUGCUGCCUGCUACACUACUAACCACUGUCUGCUGAGGGUGAUGCUGCCUGCUACACUACUACACUGUCUGCUGAGGGUGAUGCUGCCUGCUACACUACUACACUGUCUGCUGAGGGUGAUGCUCCCUGCUACACUGUCUGCUGAGGGUGAUGCUGCCUGCUACACUACUACACUGUCUGCUGAGGGUGAUGCUGCCUGCUACACUACUACACUGUCUGCUGACGGUGAUGCUGCCUGCUACACUACUACACUGUCUGCUGAGGGUGAUGCUCCCUGCUACCCAUCUUACUGUUUCAUCAUUUAUUUAAGAUGGUCAAUGCACAUUAGGCCCUAUUUAGACUUGACAUAAGUUUACUUUAACAUGGACUUAAGUCAACAAUAUGUGUACUUAGGUCCAUGUUUUAUAUCCAUGUUAAGUCUAUUUACCUCAGGUCUGAAUCAGACCCAUUAUAGUUUCCAGGUCCAACAUCAAUGUAAACGUGACCGAGUUAUUUCCUGUCCGUUGUCCCGUAGUUCACGACGGUGUCGUUGUGUAGACGGUGUCGUUGUGUAGACGGUGUCGUUGUGUAGACGGUGUCGUUGUACAUACAACAAUUCCUUUUACUCUUAACUAUCUACAGCAGGGGUGUCAAACUCCUUUUCCCAGAAGGCCGUAUUCGGUCUUCACUGAGCGCCGCAGUCCCCCCCCCCCAGAAUAAAAAUAAAUAAACAAUUCAAACAUAGUUUGAUCUAAAGGGAGGGAAAGUUGUCAGGUUUCUGUGUAUUAAGUUGGUAUUAUUUUUUACUGCAGUUUCAUUUACAUUUCAGUGAGAAAAUAAUUCAUUUGAAGGGAUUUUAUGAAACAUGGAUAAAAUGUUUCGAUUUGAUGUCAUGUUUUACUUUUACCGGUCGUAGAUUAAUUUAUUUCAUAUUUAUUGCACAUAUUAAAUGCCAGUAAAUUGUGACAGUCAUCUGUUACCUGAUUGGUUGUAAUCUGUUUUAAGUAGCUAAUAUAGUAAUGUGUAUUACAGGUGAGACUCUUGCUGUGUAGAAUGACUCCGGUUUAGCCUUCAUCAGUUACUGUCUGCAAAAAUACGUAUUGGCCAUAGAGGCUUUGUUUUUUAUCUCUGCUAUGAAGUGUCAUACUGGUAUCAUAAAGGCUAUCUCAUCUCUGCUAUGAAGUGUCAUACUGGUAUCAUAAAGGCUAUCUCAUCUCUGCUAUGAAGUGUCAUACUGGUAUCAUAAAGGCUAUCUCAUCUCUGCUAUGAAGCGUCAUACUGGUAUCAUAAAGGCUAUCUCAUCUCUGCUAUGAAGCGUCAUACUGGUAUCAUAAAGGCUAUCUCAUCUCUGCUAUGAAGUGUCAUACUGGUAUCAUAAAGGCAAUCUCAUCUCUGCUAUGAAGUGUCAUACUGGUAUCAUAAAGGCUAUCUCAUCUCUGCUAUGAAGUGUCAUACUGGUAUCAUAAAGGCUAUCUCAUCUCUGCUAUGAAGUGUCAUACUGGUAUCAUAAAGGCUAUCUCAUCUCUGCUAUGAAGUGUCAUACUGGUAUCAUAAAGGCUAUCUCAUCUCUGCUAUGAAGUGUCAUACUGGUAUCAUAAAGGCUAUCUCAUCUCUGCUAUGAAGCGUCAUACUGGUAUCAUAAAGGCUAUCUCAUCUCUGCUAUGAAGUGUCAUACUGGUAUCAUAAAGGCUAUCUCAUCUCUGCUAUGAAGUGUCAUACUGGUAUCAUAAAGGCUAUCUCAUCUCUGCUAUGAAGUGUCAUACUGGUAUCAUAAAGGCUAUCUCAUCUCUGCUAUGAAGUGUCAUACUGGUAUCAUAAAGGCUAUCUCAUCUCUGCUAUGAAGUGUCAUACUGGUAUCAUAAAGGCUAUCUCAUCUCUGCUAUGAAGCGUCAUACUGGUAUCAUAAAGGCUAUCUCAUCUCUGCUAUGAAGCGUCAUACUGGUAUCAUAAAGGCUAUCUCAUCUCUGCUAUGAAGUGUCAUACUGGUAUCAUAAAGGCUAUCUCAUCUCUGCUAUGAAGCGUCAUACUGGUAUCAUAAAGGCUAUCUCAUCUCUGCUAUGAAGCGUCAUACUGGUAUCAUAAAGGCUAUCUCAUCUCUGCUAUGAAGUGUCAUACUGGUAUCAUAAAGGCUAUCUCAUCUCUGCUAUGAAGCGUCAUACUGGUAUCAUAAAGGCUAUCUCAUCUCUGCUAUGAAGCGUCAUACUGGUAUCAUAAAGGCUAUCUCAUCUCUGCUAUGAAGCGUCAUACUGGUAUCAUAAAGGCUAUCUCAUCUCUGCUAUGAAGUGUCAUACUGGUAUCAUAAAGGCCAUCUCAUCUCUGCUAUGAAGUGUCAUACUGGUAUCAUAAAGGCAAUCUCAUCUCUGCUAUGAAGUGUCAUACUGGUAUCAUAAAGGCUAUCUCAUCUCUGCUAUGAAGUGUCAUACUGGUAUCAUAAAGGCUAUCUCAUCUCUGCUAUGAAGUGUCAUACUGGUAUCAUAAAGGCUAUCUCAUCUCUGCUAUGAAGUGUCAUAGUGGUAUCAUAAAAGCUUUAUAGUUUUUUUUUUAUAACCUCAAGUUAUAUUGGCAUUAUUUUUAUGGCAUUGUUGGCUUUCCUUACAUUAUCAUUUGAGAGAUAAUAUGUUAACAUGGUAUUCAUUAUUUUAUGCAUUAGUGAUUUAUAGAGAAUGUACCUCUGUGCAGCCUGUUGAUAGCAUAUAAUGUACCUAUGUGCAGCCUGUUGAUAGCAUAUAAUGUACCUCUGUGCAGCCUGUUGAUAGCAUAUAAUGUACCUCUGUGCAGCCUGUUGAUAGCAUAUAAUGUACCUCUGUGCAGCCUGUUGAUAGCAUAUAAUGUACCUCUGUGCAGCCUGUUGCUAGCAUAUAAUGUACCUCUGUGCAGCCUGUUGAUAGCAUAUAAUGUACCUCUGUGCAGCCUGUUGCUAGCAUAUAAUGUACCUCUGUGCAGCCUGUUGCUAGCAUAUAAUGUACCUCUGUGCAGCCUGUUGCAAGCAUAUAAUGUACCUCUGUGCAGCCUGUUGCUAGCAUAUAUCUACUACAACCCUGUUUCUGGCCUCUAUCAUUGUGCUCUAAUGCCCCAAAAGGUAUUUCAAAUCAAAUCAAAUCAAAUUGUAUUGGUUACAUACACACAUUUAGCAGAUGUUUUUGCGGGUGUAGCGAAAUGCUUGUAACCUUUAUUUGUGUGCGACUGAUGGAAUUUUCCAGAGCCCUGUGUCUCCACCGUAACUAUUACCGCUGUUUAGGGGUUGCAAAUAUACGGUAACUUUCCCCAAAUUCCCAGGUUUUCCAGAAAUCCCGAUUGGGAGAUUCAUGUUAUCUGAUAAGCAGAAAAAUCCAGGAAUCUUCAAACCGUGAUUUCUGGAAAACCUGGGAAUUUGGGGAAAGUCGCCAGGUUUACACCAAUGUAAUGUAGCAGCUCUAACCACUAUUACUGCACUGUAACCAUCUGAACAAUAAAUAAGCUGAAGGAGAAGGAAUGUCA